UGAGGAUACGGAAAGAGUGUGAUUCCGUAAUUCUAUCGUUGCCAUUGUCCCUUUGGAGAGGAGAUCUUUCCAAAUGAAGACACGCUUAAUGAAGGCCAUUACUGUUUGAUGGGCCUUGUGUUUGAUGUGUUUAUAUGACGUUACUGGUGAAGAAGGAAGGCCCAAUCCGAAUUGUACGAAAGUACUAACUGAGACGAAACUCACUUUCUUUGUGGGCGUGCCAAAUGCAAAUGCAACAAACGCAGCAGCAGGCCUCGACGGCACCCAUCUCAACCUCCACUCCUCCUCCCUCCUCCGGUGGCUCCGCUUCCGAGGCACCGCCGAAGCAGGUGGCUCAAGCAAUGGACAAGCUAGGACAGGCCGAACGAAUCAUUGCCGACAUCCGAAUCGGCGCCGACCGCCUCUUCGAAGCGCUAUUCGUCGCGGCAGCGCAGCCUGACCAAGCCCACAAGCCUCUCCAAAUGUUCCUCAAGGAAGACGCCUGCAUGCGUCAGUAUCUUCAAGACCUUCGAUCGCUUGGUAAGGAAUUGGAAGAGUCUGGAGUUCUCAGUGAAUCACUUCGAUCGAGGAAAGACUUUUGGGGCUUGCAUAUGCCGCUGGUUUGUCCAGAUGGCGCUGUGGUUGCGUACGCGUGGAAACGACAGCUUGCGGGUCAAGCUGGUGCUUCUGCCGUCGACAGGACUAGGUUAGCUCUCAAAGCCUUCACUGAUCAGAAAAGGCGUUUUUUCCCACAUCUUGAUGAUGGACUUGAUGCUAGUGACUCGGCUUCAAAGAAAUGUUGUGGGUCUGAAGAAAUUACAAUCGAUCCCAAGGAAGAAAUUAGGUUUUUAAGGACGCUACCAGAUGUCCUAAAGUCUGUAGAGAAGGAUGUGCCAAGUUUGAAAAUUUUAGCUUUUGAUCGAUUGGACUGGUUAAAAAGAGCUUCCACACUUUGCUCAUUGGCAAGUGAGAGUUCUCUGGAACAUAACUAUCAUGGUUCUAAUAAGUUAAGGCUAGGAUCAGUUGGAUCUGUUGCUGAAGAGAAGGUUGCAGUGAUAGAAAUGUUAUUCCCAUCUAUCUUCAGAGCUGUUGUAUCCUUGCAUCCUGCCGGUUCCAUGGAUCCUGAUUCUGUAGCUUUCUUUUCUCCACAUGAGGUAUACCUUCUAGUAGUGGGUGGGAGCUACGUGCAUGCAAGGGGUUUUUCAGUUCAUCAUGUGUUUAGAUAUAUUACGGAGUAUGCUGCGACUGCUCUGCAGUACUUUCUUGGGAACCAGACUGAAACCAGUCUAUAUUGUCUCUUGCACUGGAUUUGCAGCUACCAGACUCUGUUUUCUAAACCAUGCAGCAAAUGUUCACGGUUACUUGCAAUGGAUAAAAAAUCAACUCUACUGUUACCUCCAGUCCAUCGACCUUAUUGGCAGUUUUCCUUUUCAAAAAUUUUAAGCAUAUCCUCAAAAGACCAGAAUUCUGAUACUAAGACUUAUCAUAUUGGCUGCCUUUCUGAGGAAAUAUAACUGGAUCUACCUAUGGUUCAGGUAAACUAAGUGCUCCAUUCUAUGUGGGUCUACCAGGAGGUAGAGUUUCCAUGUCAUUGUGUGCAUGAAUCGAAAGAUAUGAGUUGGUGAAGAGUUUUCUUUACAAUUGGUCUAUAUAUUUCAUCUCUUGGAUUACCAAGUGCAAUUCCUUCUCAACCGGUGGUCAACCCAAAAGCAAGUCAAUAGUAGUGGUGCUGUGAAGCAAAGGAAAGGUAAUUUAGUUGACCAGCUGAGGCAGUCCAAAGAAGCUAAAUAUAGAGAGCAAUUGACUGGCUGCAAGCUGUAAAAAGAAGCCAGGGCACCUACUCUGAGAGGUUGUCCUUGAAGUUAGGAGCUGGAAACUUUGUGUAAGUGUAAUUAAAUUCUAGAUGAGGUGGCGCAAAUGGGAGAGUUGUGAUGAGGAGGGGUCCAUAUGGAAGAAAGAGAAAGAGCUAGAUAUUCUAGAAACAUCUAGAAUGAGAGGACCACAUGACUUGGUCAAGAAUCCACCUUAAAGACUAUAAUGUGUGCCCACUUGUCUUGGCCAAGAAGCCAUUUUAGGAGAUCAUUUUAGUGGCACCAUUUGUCUUGGUUUUCUUAUUUACUAUGUAAUCCUUUGAGACUUAUAUGAUUUUGUCCAAAGACCCAUAAACCCUUCUAUAAAAGGGAUCUUCUAACACUUGUAAAAUGGUUGAAUAUUUUAGAGAAUUUAAGAUACAUUUGUGUAUCAAUCGUUAUGAGAGUUUCCUUCCUAGGAAAUGAAUACAUUUAAGUCUUAUCUUGAGCCUAGACUAAAAUGGUGGCACCAUCCACUCAUCUUUAAAGGAAUCCAUGACUUUGGCUUA